ACAACAACAAGAAGAAGAGAACAACAAGAAACACAACAAAUAAAACAGUUAAAAGAUGUCAACGCUGGACGUGCUCAAUCAUUCGGCGAUGAUGAAGCGGGCCGAGCAACUGAAACGCUGGGAGGAGUCGGACACAAAUAAUGCCGCACCCACACCGCGCCACGAGCACGGACGUCGCAUCAAAUUCAGUUCAGGUUGCGUUUUUCUCGCCGCUUGCCUCUCCGGCGAUAAGGAGGAUGUGGUGCAGCUGCUUGAUCAGGGCGCCGAUAUCAAUACGGCCAAUGUGGAUGGACUCACAGCGUUGCAUCAGGCCUGCAUCGAUGACAAACUGGAGAUGGUUGAGUUCUUAAUAGAGCAUGGAGCAGAUAUUAACCGACAGGACAAUGAAGGAUGGACGCCACUGCAUGCAACUGCCUCCUGCGGCUUUGUGAGCAUAGCACGAUAUUUGGUGGAGAAAAAUGCGGAUGUGGCCGCCGUGAAUAGCGAUGGUGAUUUGGCGCUAGAUCUGGCAAUCGAUGUGCAGCACAUGCCCAUGAUUGACUACAUGGAAAAGGUGGUGCAGGAGCUGAACAUCGAUGUGGAUCAGGCGCGCAAGGCUGAGGAGCAGGCGAUGCUUAACGAUGCAAAGAAAUGGUUGCGCAGCGAUGCCGCCGAAGUGGAUCGACCGCAUCCGAAAACAGGUGCCACAGCGUUGCAUGUGGCUGCCGCCAAGGGCUAUACGAAAGUGUUGAGCCUGUUGCUGGCCGGGCGGGGCAAUGUCGAUAGGCAGGAUAACGAUGGCUGGACGCCGUUGCAUGCGGCGGCACAUUGGGGCCAAAAGGAGACAGCUGAAAUGCUGGUGGAGUCACUGGCCGAUAUGGAUAUACGCAAUUAUGCUGGCCAAUCCUGCAUCGAUGUGGCCGAUCGCAAAAUGGUCAAAUUCCUUGAAGAACUGCGCGCCAACAAGCGCAACAAGCGGCGUCCAUCUAGUCAAAUCAGCAGAAUCUCAGAUGCGAUUGAAAAUCAUGUGGACAAAACACCAACGAAACUCGUACGCGUUGAAGUGAGAACGGAUGCUGCUAAAGAUGCUGAAAAUGUAAAGCCCAAUCACACCGGCGACCAUCCCGUCGAGGAGGAGGCGCCCUGGCGACGCCGAACGCAGCGCACGCCCAACGACAGCCCCACUAAGAAUCAAGUUCCUGAUAAAGAGCUGAGUGGCAAGAGUGCCAAUGAGAGCGCCAACGAUGUCAUCUUGCGACGCACGCAAAGCUUUGAGAAUGAUCAAAAGAAACCGAUUGCUCCAGCUGCAAUGCUUACAACAGCGACAACAGCGACCACAACAACAGCGACGCUCAGCUCACCCUCAACGACUGUGCUCACCCCACCUAUACGCAGCAACAACAGCAAUAAUAACAGCAACAACAACAAUGGAAGUUCAACGGCGAGUGCCGCCAGCGUCAGUGCUGCAAGUGAUGCGGAGACACCAAAGCCCAAGCAAUCGGCGACCAAUAUAUUCAAGAACUUUUUCAAAUCCUUUGUGCCGCCAGUGCGUGAUGAGGAGAGCGAAACGCAGCGCAAGGCGCAUGCGAAGCGAGUUCGGGAGACGCGUCGAUCGACGCAAGGCGUUACGCUCGAUGAGAUCAAGAGUGCCGAGGAGCUGGUCAAGAAGAAGAACCUUGGCAUGAACAACAAUAACAAUAAUAAUAACAACAACAGCAGCAGCUUCAAGCUGGAGGAUAUUACCAGCGGUGGCACCUACCCGCCCAAUCAGAGCACCAUAAUACCAAGCGCACCGGCCGUUAUGGCCGCUGUUAACUUGGCCAGCACAGCGGGCUCGCAGCGUCGCAUCAGCAGUGGACCCAAUGCGCUUAAUGCUUCCAAUCAAUCGCUCAACUCGGUGGGUCGUCCCGUGUCAGCGCCCAGUGAGAGCACCAAUAAUAGCGCCUAUGUGACGCCACCAGCACGUCGAUAUGAGGCAUCAACGAUGGCGUCAUCUGCCACAACGACAACUGCCACGACAGCCAACAACUCUGCGUCGACUGCAUCCAGUGCCAACCAUGCAACGGCCACCAGCCACGAUGAUAAGGAUAACGACAAGGAGAACGAUAAUCGCACACAGACUGUCAUACAGCGUCGACGCAAGCCGAAACGCCGAUCCACCGGCGUUGUGCAUCUCGAUAUGGAUGAACUCGAGCAGGAGCGUCAAAAUGAGACGGCCAACAAUGACAAGGAGGAUAAGGAUAGAGGGAGCGGCAGCGAACGCACCUCUCGCUCUCGCACCGGGAGCACAGCGACGACGAGCACCGCCAGCGAUUCAAAGAGUUCGAACAGCAGCAGCGACAAGGCGGAGAACGGAGAUGGCAUCGACUACAAGGCGCUCUGGGAGGCGGCCAAAGUGGAGAACGAUAAGCUGAAGCAAAUGCUCAAGCAGAAGGACGAUGAAGUUGUUCAAUCGCGUGCGACGCUCGAGCGAUUUGCCAAUGCCACAACUAAAAAUUCACUCUCUGAGAUUGAGAAGCGUGAAAGAAGAGCAAUGGAACGCAAGCUUUCCGAAUUGGAAGAAGAGCUCAAGCUGUUGCAGAAGCUAAAGACUGAGAACGAUCGUCUGCGUGCCGAGAAUCGUGCCCUCACUCGAGUCGUCUCUAAGUUGACCACAUCGGCACAGAGUCAGCUAGCCAAGACCAAAUAGGCGUCAACAACAGAACAGAACGCAUUCAAUAUUUAUACAGUUAAUUAGCGCACCCAGCACCCCAGCAAAAUACAAAAAAACCAAACAAAAAAAUUAUCCUAAAAUUAAAAUAUAAAAAAAAGUGCAAAUUGCAAUCGUAAUCGUCAUCGUUUCUAAAUACUCGUACAGCAUACAUAUUUACAUAAAGCAUAACGUACACACGCCUACAUAGUUAAAUUCUUAUGUAUCACAGUCUAGCUUAAAGAUACCGCUCGAAGAUGUACUAGCUAUGACCGAUCGAUCAAAGCUUAUAUGGAUACUAUUAUUAUUAAUACUCUUAUUAUUAUAUAAAAAGAAAAAAAUCAUUUGCAUUGUUAUAUCGAGCGCAACGUAUAACAAUAAUUAAAUGUAUUUGUAGCUAUAUGAAGUUUACACAGCUUUGUUUUUGGGGCACUUUGUUUUUUUUUAUCAACACCAAACAUCUGUUUGCCAGUUUAUAUUUUUGCAUUGCUAAAGGAAAUUUAUAUAAAAUAGAACACAAUACAUUUGUACUAUGCAACAAUAGGUAAACAUUUUUGCGAAUUUACAUAAAUAUAUAAAUAUAUAUAUAUAUAUAUUGUACUUAGAGGUAAUCUAGUCUAUAUCAGUCAAAAUAUCGGUAACAGAAUAUGACACGACAUAUGCCAACAAAUAUAUACCCACAAAACAUAUAUAUCGCGUAUAAUCGCGCUUAAUCAAAAAGUAAAUACCACAUCAGAAAUAAAUCUCAUCGAAACUCAAGGAUAUUGCUCAACAAUUGCUGCCCACCACCCAAAAACAACAAUAACAACAACUAUAGAAACAACAUCAAUAAGAACGAGGCCCGAGCCGCAACAUCAGCAGCGAAAACAUUAAAUUUCUUCUUUGUGAUUAUGCAGUGAGCUUUAAUGGUAAUUGUUGUUCAACCACACUGACUAAGAACCUGCGUCCCAUAUGAGCUGGCUGUUGUUUUCUUGUUGCAUAAUACGAAUUAAAAAGAAAAUAUAUAUAUACAAAUUUAUUAAAAACUAUCUAAGCGAUAUCUGAGUUCUAAAUGUGUUUCAAAAAUUAUACAAAAUUUAUUAUGAAUUAUUAUGAAACUAUGUUUAAGAUCCGUUUGAAAUCUGAAUUGUGAUUUUAAUGCGCUGUUUUUGAAACACUUGAUUGUAUAUACCUAUCUAAAUGUAAUACCUAUAAACUAUAACUAUACUACAUAAUAAUAUAUAGAUUGUUCCCUUGUUGUUAAUAUUGUUACAAACAGUUUUGUGCUGAAAUUUUAUACUCUUGUGUGUGUUUCUUCUCAUCUAUUUACCAGAGUUACCAAUAAAAGUUUGCCCAUUUGUCUAUCCUUUUAAA